AUCGAUUCCAAGUUUCUGAAGUAAACACACCCUUUCGGUCGGAUCCAAUACCACAAUCCGUCGCCAUUCUACUCGCGUACUGCCACCGCCGCGAAUCAAUUUACAAUAGCAGAAGCUCUUAACACUUUUACGUUGAGAGGACGACUCCCACCUUCCACCGAUAUUUUCUGCUCUUCUUUCGUGAGAAGACGAAACAAAUAUCAACGGAGUUUUUUUCCUUGUUUAGCAAAUAUCAUGCCACAAGAACUUCCGGGUUUUUAUUAUGAUGCGGAGAAGAACAGGUAUUUUCCUCUCAAAGGCCCAAUUCCAGGUUCUUCUCGUGCCUCUUCUUCAACCAUCAAUGCUCGAAAUCCAACUAUAAAGGCGACCCAGGCAACCAACUUUUGUAGGAAAACUAGAGUAAGAGUUUCUAAGCUGCUUCAAGGUAGGGAGUUGAAUGGUAGCAUAAUUGACUUCAAUAAAGGGAAAUGUAGCUUCAUGGAGGAACUCCUAAAGAUACAAGCAUCGCAAGCCAUGGUUUGGAAGUAUCGAGGGACUGAAAAGAUGAGUGAUGGUGCUUUGGACCAGAUGCAUAUAGAUAUAUAUACACCAGAGGGUCAAACUGAAGUUGAUGUUUUAAUAGCAGGGGGUAUAAAUGGCUCCUUAAGUCUUUUUGAAGUUGGAAAAGGUGGACAUUCUGAUAAUGGGGAAAAUUGCAUUCCAGACUGUGUUAGGUCUGUAGUUGAGGAAAACACCGAGGAGUGUAGCAAAGCCCCUGUACAUAUUUGGCGACCUGCAGGAGCUUCACUACAAAUGUCAUCAAGUUUAUCUUGCAUAAAACUGUUUGGAAAGCACCCUUCUUAUGCUGCUGAUGACUUUUUCAGCAUCCAGCAUGCCUUAGUAACUACUCUUGGAUCUGAGACAUCUGGUGGAUCUGUUUUUAUUCUUAAUAUUGUGGAGCCUUUAGAUCUUUAUUCAAGUACUUCUAUAAGGAGAAUGAUACGUGAGGUUGCUUCUUUCAAUUGCACAAUUUGGACAGCUGAUUGUAACCACAAUGCAAGUCUAGCAGUGAUCGGCAUGUAUUUGUUCUUCAGAACCAAUCUUGGAGCUGCUUUGGUCAAUUCAGAAACAGGAACAGCAACAUGGACGUGUAGAAGUAAAAGUGAUGUUUUAGCUCAACAGCUUGAUCAGUCGGGUAAUAUUGUUUUGUGUGGGUUAAGAAAUGGAGCAAUCUUGACAGUUGAUGUUCGUGAAAAACAAGAAGGGUUUUCUGCUCGACUAACCAGGCAUAAAAUACCUCAUACACCCUUCGGCAGAUAUCAUCAAAAUUCUAAAAAACAGUGGUUUGAGCUCAGAGGACACAUAUAUCCUUCUUACUCCCUGUAUAUGCCUUCAUCUAUAUGCUGUUUGGCAUCACUUCAAUCGUAUGAGCAGUACUUCUUGGCCAGCUCCAUGGAUGGAUCGAUUAAGCUAUAUGAUCAUCGAAUGACCAAGAGAGGAGCUGUACAAUCAUAUGAAGGCCAUGUGAAUUCUCAUUCUCGUAUACAGCUUGGAGUUGACCAGUCUGAGAGAUUUCUUAUGGCAGGUGGAGAGGAUUGCAAGUUACGGCUUUGGAGCUUAAAGUCUGGUGAACUACUCUCAGAAGAAAAGUUUUCCGAUUCAGUCCUCUCAACUGUGCGCUGGCAAAGAGCCGGGGCAUAUGUAAAAAUACCGGAUGAAAGUAACGGCUAUGAAGAGUGUGUAUCUGGGCAGAAACAUAGUUGGGGAGCAUGGUGUGGAUCACAGGAAGGACUGUUCUACUUGCAUUGGUGAUGAGCCUCAAUUGUUCUAAAAUGAGCAUUUCCAGGACUGUUUGUCCAAUGCAAGAUGUGAAAUUUUGUUAAUAUAGGCACUUUGAGAAGUUUCUUAAUAUAUUACUCAAAACCUCUGUCCUGAUCUGUGAUGCUUUCAAAACAUAAUUACACCAACUAAAUCGUAAUAUCAAAUUAUUUUAGGUUGGCUAUACGAAUUAUUUUUCAUUAUUCA